AUGGCUCGUCACAGGACUUCCCCAGCAUCAUCUAGCAAUCAGCAUCGGACAUCCGGAAUCAUUGAACGAGUCAGUCCAAAAAUCACAGCUUUUUUCCCAGUUCACAAGCAUGGACAUGAGCGAACCAUUGACGUUAUUGGCAAACGGUUGCGUAGUGGCGUGGUCUUACGCGAUGCUAGCGUUUCUCCAGCGAUGACGGUCGAGAAAACUUUCAAGUGCUCCCGUCGUUCGAGUGCAUACGGAGCCGCACAUGCAUCUAAUUCCAAGGCUGUUGCUGCUGACGUCAAAUGUACGUCCAGUGGUUUUGGCUUUUUUGGAAAAAUGCCUGCUAAUCUACACUGGUCCGUAUUCGAUGGUAUUGAUGUAAAGUGCCUGUGUUCUCUUGCCAUGACUUCGUCGGCACUGAAUAGUGCACUUCUGAAGUAUAUCGACUCGAGACAUUUUCUUCAUCGCAUUCAGCGCGAAAGCAAGGCAUUCUUCAUGGUGGAAGGAGACUGCAAAGAGAGAUUCUUUACGACCGAGGAUCCUUUCUACUGCUACGGAACGCUCUUGAAGUCGGCUUCUGUUUGUUUUCCAACCAAGAAGCGUAUCACUAUACUAAUGACAUUUUUCCGAAAAGCCCUUGAUUAUGGUAUCGAAUGCCGUGGACUGGGAAGAAUACUGCAUACUAUGUGUUCGAAUUGGGCUUUCUCUGAAUGUAAGAAAGUCAUCGAUGCAGUGCUUCUUUCUACAAAAGGUCGACUCGAACACAUCCUAAAGAAAAUUGAAAACAGUCGUUCUAUAGAAACGUUGUCAGAAGUUAUCACGGAGUUUCGUGGGACGUUUCUUCCGCUACUUUUGUCAGGGCGAGACGCCAAAUACGAAGGUGGGGAUGCUGAGUAUGCCUUUUGGCUGUCAGCAGUGAUGCGUUGCUCUCCAAAAGCUGAGGCUCAAAGCAAGCUGCUAAUGAUGCUUUUUGGGCCUGUGACUAGUCAUUCCGGUACUAUCAAUUGGCGGCUGUUCUGUGAUGAAACAAUUAUGACAUACAACGAAGCGGAAAAAACAAUCAAACCUUUGUCGGAUGCUUUGACAGUUUUGAUGAGAACUAAACAGAUAGCUGGUUUCCCCAAUCCCUGGAAUCAGCACGAUAUUUUCAACAUAGUGGAAGAACUUAGCACAACUCCUGAACCAUGGGCAUUCGAAAAUUUCGCUUUCUUGCUGCUUUUCUGUCCUUCUCUUAUACCGAUUUCGCUCACGGCUAGGCUGGAGAACAAUUAUGCGGGUGAAGCAUGUAUGAUGUUUCACACUUUCGCUAGUAUGUCACAGCGUUGGAAUUCUGAUAUUUGUGACGUUCUUCGCCAACCGAUCACGCAGGCUAUGAGAAGUCUUGGUGCUGAACGUGGAAGAAUGUUUUUCAACCUGAUUUGCGAUUCUUAUGCAGAACAGCUGAAGCUGUUUUCACAGCGAGGUCGAGGAGGUGCUGAUGAUCUUUCAGCGUUUAUAUCAUCGCAUGCUGCUGUCAGACCGAUCUUACAGUUGAUCUCUGAAUCGUUGUGGUAAGAUAGUGUACAGAAAGAUCUUGUAUUUGUACCUUAUGUAUCUGUAUUUUAUUGCUGAUGCCCAUGUUUCAUCUAUAGAGAACCUUGCACCGCCAGUAGCUUCGCCUUUGCGGACCGUGCAUUGUGUGGAGAU